AGAAACAAGCUUAGAUCAAGGUGGUGCUGGAUGACAAAAAAGGGUUUUACUUGCAUCCGUGCAAAGAGGAGAUAUCUUUGAAUCCGCUGCGUUAUAGACUCGGUGUUUUGCGAAGCUUAAUGCGGCUACACUGUUUUCGAAUAAGUCGUGCGAGCUGGAAAAGAGGACCUCAUGUUAUAUAAUUAGUCAUUUCAAUUAUUGGAUCAAUAUCUAAAAUAACGUUGUUUUUAUGGAAACGUCGUCGUAGUGGUCUUUUAGUGGUUCCUACUAUCAUUUCAGUCAAGAGGGUCACGAGCUCGAAUCCCUCUGCAAAUCAAGAACACCAUCUAGAAGAGUGUGCUGUCCUCAAUGCACGAGGUGGAGUGUCCCCCUGUUCCGGUGAAUUGACGCUCAUGCAAACAACAUAAACCCUCUCUAUCGGCCCUAAUCAAUUUUGGAGCAUUUGUUUAUAAUAACGGACGACAUUUCCACAUCGUGUAUGAAUAUCUCAGCUCAUAAACGUGCUCUUCACUGUCGAACCUCUACCGGCACGACUCAGCCCUUGCAACGGUAUAGAUAGUAUCAUCAGGUAGGAACAUCCAAUAGGAGUUUAAUUGGUGUGGAUUCAGAAGGUUCAUCACAAUGUCUUCACCCGAUCCCGUGUACCAUACCUUACAACCUCCCGACGACGUCAACGAAGAAAGCAACGAGCUUGAAGUGGGACUUGACGAUCAGGAAGAUGAUCACGGUAUUGAUGGCGAUAUGACGAGUAGGAUUCGGCCAUCGAAUGGUUGUUCAACCGACUUACCGACAAGGAUUGUAGAAAGCCCACCGCCUUACGAGCCUACGCACCAAGACAAUCUCCUUUCAUACGAUGGAAGUUUUCCAAUGGCCUCAAUGUCAAGAGAUGCAUACGGUAUGGACGAUGAUGAGGACUUUGACGACGAUGACGAUGACGAAAAGAAUCCUCCUAAAUGUGGCUGGGGAAGGUUUACUCCGAGUUGCAUGAGUGUAUGCAUGAAUGUGAAAGCCUACCUGCUCGUCUACUCCCUGAUUGGUAUAAUCCAAGUGAUGACGUCAUAUGGGAUGGUAUCUAUUGCUGUAACAACCAUUGAGAAACGCUUUCAGCUGACCAGUUUUCAAAGUGGAAUCAUCCUCAGUGCAUACCAGUUCGCCAGCAUGACAUUUACCAUCUUUAUCACGUAUAUUGGCGAACAGCGUCACAAACCUCGCUGGGUUGGUGUAGGAUCUUUGUUUCUUGCAUUGGGUUCUAUCAUCUUCACCUUACCUCAUUUCUUAAGUGAUUUUUAUAACCCAGAGGACCAUACCGGUGAUGGAUCCAUCAAUCCAGGGGUUUGUCCAAUGGUCAAUCUCAGCAUGGGUGUGACCAAUGGAAAACUGGACAUAUGCGAUAGCAGGAAUACAACAGAAAUCGGAGGUGAUAGCGGUGAAGACCCUUCGAGAUUCUUAUGGUUCUUCAUCUUAGCUCAGAUCUGUAACAGCCUUGCUGCUGCCCCUGUCUUUACCCUCGGCUUAACUUACAUGGAUGACAACCUAUCAUCUAAAACAUUUGGCUUAUACAUGGGCAUUUUCAACGGAAUAAUGAGUUUUGGACCAGCAGCUGGGUAUUUCAUCGGAAGUAUAACACUCUCACUUCAUACCAACUUCUACGCUGAUAUAUCAAGUGUAACCAUGACUCCUGAUAACCCACUCUGGGUAGGUGCUUGGUGGCUUGGAUUUCUCAUCAGUGCUGGCCUUGUUGCUCUAUCGGCAUUCAUAAUCAUGGCCUUCCCAAAAGCCUUACCAGGAAUGAAGAAGAAACAGCGUGAGAGACGUCGACAGGGGAACAAAGGUAGUGAGUUUGUGGUUCGAUCAGGACUUGGUAAUUCAAUACGAGACGCUCCAAGAGCCCUUGUCAAAAUCCUUAGCAAUGCCCCUUUCCUCUUUCUCGCACUGGAAGCAGCCACCGAUUACUUUAUUGGGACGGGUAUCUUUAUAUUUACACCAAAGUUCGUCGAGUCGCAAUUCAAUAUGAACGCCAGAGAUGUUGCCAGAUAUUUAGGUGUCAUGGUAAUGACGCAACACUUUCUUGGAUCAAUCGUCAGCGGCGCUUUAAUCAAGAAAUUUGAUUUAAAGUUUGAAGGCCUUCUGAAACUUAGUAUCUGCUCAAUAUUCUGCUCUCUAUUAAUGGGCCUAUCAUUUCUCAUGCAUUGUCCUAAUCCACCAUUGGCAGGGAUCACAGUGGAAUAUCAAACAUCGAUACCGAUAUCUAGUGAUGAGAUAUCACUAAUCUCACCAUGUAACUCUCGUUGUACAUGUCCUGAAUACUUUGAACCUGUAUGCGGGGAAGACAGUGUCAUGUACUUCUCUCCUUGCCAUGCUGGAUGCACCGAAGAUGAAUACGUAGAUGAUGACGGUACAAAGAUAUACACCGAUUGUCGAUGCAUAGUGCUUAAUAAUGAUACGUUCAUAUCUACCUAUGAUGACGUCACAACGGAUAGAAGAGAUCUAUACGGAGGUGUUAAACCAGGGCGCUGCCAAACCUCAUGUAAUUUACAAUGGCUUUUCCUCGCGUUACUAUGGUUUUUUGCAUUCUUUGGGACCAUGACGUCUAUUCCUGCUUGGAUUGCAACAAUGAGGUCUGUCUCCUAUUCACAGAGAGCUUUCGCCCUAGGUGUACAGAGUGUGUUCUAUGGUGGUUUAGGUACUGUUCCAGCACCCAUCGUAUUCGGAUUGAUAAUUGAUCAGGCAUGUAUUAAAUGGGACGAGUCAAACUGCAGUGGGUCCGGGGCCUGUCUAGUCUACGAUAAUCAAGCAUUCUCCAAAUAUUUCCUCAUCCUUGCCUUGUGUUUUAAAUCAGCCUCGUUAUGUUUAUUGUUGCUCUCUCGAUCGUGCUACACCCCUACUGAGGAGAAGCUUGAUGCCAGAGAUGUGUACGCCGGGCGGUCGAGACCACGGUUUCCCACAACAGAACUUUAAUGAUGACUCAGAGGGACCUUAUUCAUUUUUCAGAAGAGACUUUUAGAGAAGAUGGCCUGAUUGAUUCAGAGAAGUGGCCUCACAGACGCUUCUUUGUCAUUUUUAUUUUUGUUUUUUUAUACAAGAGAAGAGAUUGGAGAGUCGUUCUGAUACUGAAACUGCUGUUAAAACGGACAUUGCUGAAAUUACUCGUCACAUUUUGGCCCAUGAUGGCCUUACGGUAUAAUAAGAUACAUAUCUUACAUGUCUUACAGUCUCUGGAGAGAGACGUGCGCUGACUGUGCAACUACCGUACGAUUUCACGGCACCUACAGGGAUCAUAUCCACUAUGAUUUUAUCUCAUAUUAGCGUUGGCAAUAUGAGUCUUUAUAGCACAUAACCCGUAGACUUUUCGUAAAUGGCAGCACGUCGUUUCAGGCAGAGUUUUGAUCACUGGGGUGCCCUACGGAGACUGUUUGUUCAAACAGUAUUUGGAUAAAGAACCGGGUUUAUAAAAUAAACGUAUAUCGACAUUGCAUGUCACUGUUCGAACCCUAUAUCUACCAUCUGCCCAUAUAUCGCACGAUUCCUGAAUUAUACCGUACGAUUCAAUUAUAGAGACACACCGCCUAACGACCUACCCUCUACAGCCUACAGUCAACGUAAAACGCAUGUGUUCUUAUUGUCUGCGAGUAUCGCACUCGUAAUUACACGGACUUACUUCGACCAUGUCGACAUUCACUGGCUAUGCGAGGAUUGCAACGAGAUCGUGUUUGGAUUCUCCUCAGCAACUACUAGUACACAUAUAUUUGAAAUAUAUCAUUCAUAGAUCGUACGGUUAUUAGGCAUAUGCUACACGGAGGUCGUAAGGUUACCUUGCGAUCUUCAUACGAGUUGUUUAUUUACAAAUGUGUAGCUGAUAUCAUCCUAGCAAUAUAUAUGCGAUGUUGUGAUCAAACUUCACGCUUAUACAAAAUCUAACAAAAUAGGAGAGGCUAUACGAUGUCAGUAGGAACGCUUUAAAAUAGUAGGAUAGUCGAACAGCUAGAGUUUGUAUACUUUCGGAUGUGGAAGAUACGAUUGGUUUACGGGCUCCUUACGGUCAUCUUGGGCCAAAUUUGAAAUUAGCAUAAAAAUGUUGGGAUUAAUAUGAGAUAAACAUGUAGACAAUAUAAUCUUUAUUUGGUCGAGGAAUGUAGCUAAUAGUACCUUGUAGUAGUCUUCUUUUCUUUUGAAAUUAUUGGUCUAAUAGUCUUUCAAAUAGAGGGACGUGGGCUCGAAUACCAGGCAAUGUAUGUUUUCCAUCAGCAAUAAAAUUUCCCAUAGUGUGCUGCACUCAACCCAUUUGAGAUUAAAUGGUACCCGGCAGGAUUAAUUCUUUGAAUGCAUCUUAUUAUACGAAAUAUAAAACAUUCUAAUUUUCUCAUCAUUGUCAAGAAAAACAACUUUUAAUUUCACUACGUAUUGUAUCUUGUUUUUUAAGAGAUGUGAAAUAAAUGAAUUUGAAUUUUGAAAUGGAACAUGUGGAAUAAGCAUUGUUUAAUAUUACAUGGUUUUGUCAAGUUGGUCCUUAUUUUUAAAUCUAUAAAAAAAACACGAAAUAUUGUAUAAUUCAAACAAUAAGAAACAAACGAAAUAGUGAGUGAGGGACAUCAUUGACUGUUUAAUUUGCAUGUCUUGUGCAUCACCGUUUUGUGAAAAAUAAGCGAAAAUCUAAUAUAUCAUAACCUUCUUAUUUUACAUCCGAUUUUGAUGAAAUUUUCAGCAUUUUGCUAGUUUUAUUUUUCUCUAUUUAUUCAAAUCAACAUUUUUCUGGGGUGGACUUGACCUCUAAGAAAAUUUUUCAAAUUAAUGAUACCUUAAACAUUUGGCCUGUUAAAUAAAAUGAGUCAUUACACAAUAACGUUAGCUAAGCAGGACACCCAAAACCAUUUAAAUACGUUGUCUUAGACUUCUAAUUUCGAAAUGUAAAUAUGGUAGUCGAAAGGAAUCGAAUUCGCAAUGAUGCAUUUGCGAGCAAUGUGAUUGAAUCGUUUUUUCCGUCAUACUUCACUUGUUAACUUUGCUUGUGGUUUGACCAUGGACCUACUAUAGUAGGUCAAUGGUUUGACUUAGAAACCGGAUGGAAUGUAUAUAGGCGUAGCAUCUAUAUCGCCCGAUGCGAGAGUAACAUUGCCAAAUAAUCAAUGCAAACAAUUAUUAUUGCAAGUGAUAAGUGUCUUCUUUGAUAUUAAAUGGCAUUCGAUUAUUUUCAUAAUCUAUAAAGGCUUUUCAAGCGUGAAUAGGCAUUUUGAUUUAAUGUAAGUCCUAUUGCCAUAUGGACAUUACAUUACUGGUAAAACUGAAAUCAAUGAUUCAUGUUCAAUCUUGUCUGUUUUUCUUUGUUAACAUUACUGAAAUAGAUAAAAUAGAAAUUGAUCUACUAGUGCAAGUGUAGUAUAUUUGCUUGUACGACAUUAAUUUACUAUUUUAUAUCAGGGGCCGCGGAAUGGUUUUCAAAGUGGGGGGGGGGGGGGGCUGACCAUGCAAAAAAUCACAAUCCUAUGGUCAUUUUUACGUUUUUGUACACGGUUUUGCUUCCGCGGCUCCUGUAUAUUUCAUUUGCACUUUUAUCUUGUUGUAUACUUAUUGAAAAUGUCAAUUGUGCAAAUUUUAUCAUUUAAUAUAUUUCUAUUGUGCUACUGUAAUUUCGCUUGCAUUUGUUACUAUAAAAAUCCAAAUGAAACAUAAUUAUAUCUUGCCGAUGGCUACAGUUUUCUUUUUCAUUGCAUAGUAGCAGUACAGGGCUCUCUCGAAAAGCAGUUUUUAUGUACUGAAGAGACCACCCUGUCUCAAGAAUACAGAAAUAAAUGAUAAAUAAAUAGUACAUUAUAAUAUGGUUCAUUUUAUAUGGAUGCCUUAUUAGGCCCACGAAUUGUAAAAAAAGGGGUGUAUUGACUUUUCACCCGGAGUUUUCUUUAAAAAGGUUUUUUUUUCUCUCUCUCUCUCUCUCUGGACUCCUGAGAAAGUUAAAAAUCUUUCCUUAGGUAUAGAGGGUUCCCACAAAUAAUAAAAACCUGUGCAUCAGACUAUGAAAAGUCAUUGUUUUCGUGGUUUUGCUAUUGUUUUGUCCUCCACCAUGACACCAGGGAACCUCUAUUGUAAUGACAGGCUACAUGAGAUGAGGGGGGGGGGGGGGAGGCUGUCUGUCCUGAGAUAGGGGGGGGGGUACAUUUAGCAGUGUUCCGGAUUUAGGGGGGUCUCCAAGGCAGGAAAAGCCCGCGAAAGGGGGUUCAGAAAUUUUGGCAGACAUGGGGGGGGGGAAUUAUUCACGUAAUUUUACAACAAAUGAAUGGCCUACUUUAUGAAAUGAAAUGUUUGUAACAAUGCAAUAAUUCAUAUAGUAUUCAAAUAAUUUUCAGCUCGUAUUUCUUGUUGUGUAUAACAUAACAUGACUGUGUACAUAUGCAUACAGUUCUUUGUUCUAAUAAACUUGUAGAAACUGUGUUA